AAAAUAAGUCCGACCUCUCCUCCUUGGGUGAAGGUCCAUUGCGGUGACUCUUUUCGCGUUAGUGGCUAUCAAUCGUUUCAGCUACCAUGUCUGGCCGCGUUCUCGUUGGAGUUAAACGUGUCAUUGACUACGCUGUUAAGAUCCGCGUGAAGCCGGACAACAGCAGCGUGGUGACGGAUGGCGUGAAGCACUCGAUGAACCCCUUCUGUGAGAUCGCUGUGGAGGAGGCGGUCAAGCUGAAGGAGAAGAAGCUCAUUAAGGAGGUUGUGGCUGUCAGCUGUGGCCCACAGCAAGCACAGGAGACCAUCCGUACUGCCCUCGCCAUGGGAGCCGACCGCGGCAUCCAUGUGGAAGUGAGUGGGAAGGACUAUGAAACCCUGGGGCCCCUGCAGGUCUCCAAGAUCAUGGCUGCUUUGGCCAAGAAGGAGGAGGCUCAACUCGUCAUCCUGGGAAAACAGGCCAUCGAUGAUGACUGCAAUCAGACAGGGCAGAUGACAGCCGCCUUAUUGGACUGGCCUCAGGGAACCUUUGCAUCAGAAGUGGCGUUUGACGGAGACAAGAUUAAAGUGGUGAGAGAAAUAGAUGGUGGCCUGGAAACCAUAAUGAUCAGCUCACCUGCAGUGAUCACAGCGGACCUUCGACUCAACACCCCCAGAUAUGCCACCCUGCCCAACAUCAUGAAAGCUAAGAAGAAGAAGAUAGCUAAUGUGAAGCCUGCAGACUUAGGGGUGGACCUCACAUCACGGUUGGAGGUGUUGAGAGUGGACGAGCCCCCACAGAGAGAGGCGGGGGUGAAGGUGGAGACGGUGGACGACCUGGUUAGCAAACUGAAAGAUGCAGGGAGGUUAUAAAGCUUCAGGAGAAUAAGCAGGGGAGUGCAGAACUGAGCAGCAGGGACUCACUAAUGAAUAACUGGACUGUGUUAAAUAGGCACGCCUGGAGGACUAGUUAUGCACUGGUCUAAUCCCUCUGUUUGACUCUGUGGCUCCUGAGGAUGUGCGGGAGGAAUGAGACACACUGUCCUUCAGCAGACCCCACAGAAACACAAAGGAUCAUCUUGUCUUGUAUCUACAUUUUUAAUUGACGAGUACACCUGUAUAAUAUGCCAUAGAUCUAACUUAAGCAGACUUUAUGCAACAACUGAAACCCAGAAACGUCCUAUCAUUCAUGCUUCUGUUUGUAUUGCAGUGUACUUUAAAGCCACCAGUGUGAUGCAUUUCAUUUUUUUGUAAAUGAUAUGUGUAAAUAUAGAUCCAAACAUGUGGAGAUGAUGUUCUUCAAGAUGAGUGCUAAAUCUACUGGUAAUCUGUAUAGUUUGUGUAACUGGGUUUCACUACUGCUUUGACGGUGUCCUUCAGGAUGAUCAAGAGACGAUGAUCAGAAAUCAAAAUGUAACCAUAAGCGCCUCCAUUCUCUGUUGAUUGUACAGAACAUUAAAAUAAAGCAGCCAGUCUUUGUCAUAUCUUAA